GAGUCGAGUCAGGAGCUGUCAGGAGCAACCCUUGAGCUUAUUCCCAGCCGACCUCUCGGCUACAACAUACAAUGUCGAGUACCGUGAAGGACCUUGCUGCGGGUACCGCGGGCGGCAUUGCACAGGUGCUCGUCGGACAGCCGUUUGACAUUGUGAAAGUUCGAAUGCAAACGUCGGCGAAGGGCACCUACACAGGCAUGAUGCACUGUGCCACCGGGAUCCUGAAGAACGAGGGUCCGCUCGCGUUCUACAAGGGAACUCUGACGCCCCUCCUCGGCAUCGGUGUAUGCGUGUCCAUCCAGUUCGGCGUCCUCGAGUCCACGAAACGGUUCUUCGCCGAGCGCAAUCGAGCUAGCGGAACCGGCGGUGCGGACGGGAAGCUACUCAGUGAUGGGCAGAUCUUCUCCGCCGGGGUCGCCGCGGGGCUGGCGAACGGCUUCGUGUCCGGGCCAGUCGAGCACAUCCGUAUCCGUCUGCAAACCCAGUCCUCCACGAAUCCGACGUACAAGGGCCCGCUCGACGCCAUCAAGAAGAUAUACUCCGCCCACGGCAUCGCGGGCGUGUUCAAGGGCCAGGGCGUCACGUUCGUGCGCGAGGCGGCUGGGUACGGAAUCUACUUCCUCGCGUACGAGAAGCUCGUGCAGCGGGAGAUGGCGCAGAAGGGCAUCAAGCGGGAGCAGAUCAGCCCGCUCAACGCGGUCCUCUACGGCGCUGGUGCCGGAUACGCUCUAUGGGCCAUCAUCUACCCGAUAGACAUGAUAAAAUCGCGCAUGCAGACGGACGGGUUUUCAGCGGCCACGGGGCGCAAGUACUCUUCGUCUCUGGAUUGCGUGCGCAAGGUGUUCCAGGCGGAGGGUUUCGCUGCGUUUACGCGUGGUCUGACGCCGACGCUCAUUCGGUUGGUCUUGGACGGUCUGUUUUUUUCCCUCGUGACUCACCGUUUUGCUCAACAGAUCACCAUUCGCCAAUGGGGCGACGUUCCUCGGAUUCGAGAUGGCCAGCAGAGUACUCAAUUCGUGGUAACGUGGCGGUGCCACUUUGAGGACAUGGCGAUCAAAGCCACAUGGAGCGAACUCUCCUUUUCCAGCUUGACCAAAACCACCCAGUCUCUAUGGGCAGCCCACGCCUCCCUCUCUGCCCGAAACCACUCGUUCCUCUCCUAUCCACCUCUCAUGGCAUCAGACCCCCGCAACUCAAGCUCCAGCGAGUCGUCGAUGCCCCGCACAUCGCACACCGUCAAGAGGCAAUCAGAGACGACUCGUUCAGACGAGUUUUGGUACCACGACGGAUCGAUAAUCGUGCUCGCCAACGGUGUCAUGUUCAGGGUGCACCAGACCGUUCUCGCUGCCCAUUCGGAGGUGUUCUCUAGUCUCUUCAAUCUUCCGCAACCGCCUGCGGAAAGCAACGAGCUGGUGGACGGGUGUCGGGUGGUCGAGCUCCAUGACGCCCCUGAAGAUGUGGCGAGCUUGUUGAGAGGGAUAUACAAUCCUUCACACUUCGACUCCGUCCCGACCGGUCUCGAAGGGCUGUUAACCUGGGUGUCCGGUAUGCUCCGGCUCAGCACCAAAUACUUCAUCCCUACUCUGCGCCUCCGCUGCAUAUCCGUACUGAAGACCAAGUUCCCCACGACACUUGCCGAGCACGACCUGGUCUCCGCGCACCGCGAACACAAACGGCACCGGAAGUCCGACCAGGUGAUGCGCGCCAUCAAGCUCGCGACCGAAUGCGACGUGCGCGAGAUCCUGCCCUACGCAUACUUCUGCACGUCGCGCGCCUCCCUCACGCGCAUCCUCACCGACGCGCCGGGAGACGUCUCGUGGCGCGAGAAGGCGAUCUGCCUCGCGGGCCGCGAGCGGCUGCGCUGGGCGGAGAUGAGCCUCUCGCACUCGUUCCUCUUCGCGUUCGCGCCGAGCGCGACGUGCGUGUCGCCGCUGCUGUGCGCCGUCGCGCGCGGCCCGCGCAAGGAGUGGCGCGAGAUCGAGCGCGCGAAGGCGCCAAAUCCGCUCCGGGCGUAUACGCGCUGGGCGGAGAUGAAUGUGUGCGGCGAGUGCGUCGCGAGUGCGCAGGCGCAGCAUCGCGCGGGCCGGGCCGAGGUGUGGACGCAUUUGCCCACUUUCUUCGAGUUGCCCGAUUGGGGGGCCUUGGUGUCGGGUCCCUGAGUCCUCAGGACAUUUCACUAGUGUUCUUCUCUCUCGGGCCAUGCUAUUAAUUGUAAGAUCUCUCGCUUUGGCGCACUGAGUGCCACCGGAGAAUGGAUUUCAGCAACACUGAGCCUGGAUAUCACCGAUACGACACCGCCACGUUCCUAAUCUGUUGCCCGUGUCUCGGAUCGACUUGGUUUGUGUCUCACUCUGAUUAGUGCGGCUUUCAAUGCCUUGCGCUCCACAAAACAACAAUGGGACACACCCCGAUCAGAAUAUCUCUUGUGUACAUGGUCUCACAUAUGAUUGGUAGCUCUAGGAAUAGAUCGACGAUACCGGCUCAGUAUCGAAUAUCGUAGCAAUAUCAAAUACCGGCAGAAUUUCCUCUUCUUGUUGUCGAAAAGUAUCAGGCCCG